CAACCAGAUUGCUUCCUUAUCCAGUCAAGAAGACCACAAAGUUCAACAAUGGCCAUCACUGACAUUCUUUCUGCUAAAGAUAUUGAAUCUGCGCUCUCCAGCUGCCAGGCUGAUGAUUCCUUCAAUUACAAGUCUUUCUUCUCCACGGUUGGUUUAUCCAGCAAAACUCCUGAUCAGAUAAAGAAAGUUUUUGGAAUCCUUGAUCAGGACAAGAGUGGUUUCAUCGAAGAAGAAGAGCUCCAGCUGUUUCUGAAGAGUUUCUCUUCAAGUGCCAGAGUCCUCACCUCUGCGGAGACCAAGGCUUUUCUGGCUGCAGGUGACACUGAUGGUGAUGGCAAAAUUGGAGUGGAAGAAUUCCAGUCUCUGGUGAAGUCAUAAACAGCAUUAGACCAAAGGCAACCUGGACUGACUCUUCCAAUUACCUCGUCCAACAAGCACUUCGCACUCAGCAUGUGUUUGUACAUUUUUAUAUUGUUUCAGGUAUUAGCAAUUCCCCAUACAUCAAGUUCACACACCAGAUUGCUGAGAAAUCUUGCAAUGUACAGAUGUUUUGGUCAUGUGGUAUUAUUAUUUUUCCAUUGUAAAGAAGGCACUUUGUGAUUUUCAAUCACUCAUAAUGUUGAAAUUGUGGCUGGAAGAGGACAGAACAAAAA